UUCGCAGGAUAAGCUUGGAGUUGACAAAAGCCCUCUGUAUUUCUUGAAACAAAUAGAGCGUUGUGGAUUUUGAUACCCCAAAGUUGUGUCUCAGACAGGUCACGCUGCUGUGUUUACGCUUUCUGGAUACAGUUAAACCUCAAGCCCUAUGCAAAGAAUCGGGUAGUAACAUCAACUUGACCACCGCCACCAAUAUAGAGAGCAAAGUGGGACUUUAUUGUUCAAAGCUAGCUAGCUAGCUCUGCCUUUUGGCUUCUGUGCAUUGCUGAUCGCAGGCUUUAUGGCUACGAAUUACGAGCCAAUAUAUGGACUUUCAGAGGACGAGCAUGAAACCAGGGUGUUGCGGGUUAAGGUCAUUGCAGGAAUUGAUCUGGCAAAAAAAGAUAUUAUUGGAGCCAGUGACCCUUAUGUGAAGCUCUCCCUUUAUGUCGCAGAUGAAAACCGAGAACUUGCCUUAGUUCAGACCAAAACCAUUAAAAAGACACUAAAUCCAAAAUGGAAUGAAGAAUUUUACUUUCGGGUUUGCCCACAGAAUCACAGACUACUUUUUGAAGUAUUUGAUGAAAACCGUCUGGCUGUAUCCAAGAAUGGGCUUUUUCAUCUGGGACAGACCAGAGAUGAUUUCCUGGGACAAGUUGAUGUUCCUCUCAGUCAUCUGCCGACUGAAGACCCUGCCAUGGAGCGCCCCUACACAUUUAAAGACUUCCUCCUGCGACCCCGAAGUCAUAAGUCCAGGGUGAAGGGUUACCUGCGUCUAAAAAUGGCUUAUCUUCCAAAACAAGAUGGACACGAAGAUGAGGUGGGAGACGUGAGGGAGGAGGCUGAGGGCUGGGAAGACUCUGCUGACUCCGGCUCACAGCGACCACAACAGCUACUGCCACCCUUACCGCCAGGCUGGGAGGAGAAAGUGGAUAACCUGGGUCGCACCUAUUUUGUCAAUCACAACAACCGCUCAACGCAAUGGAAAAGGCCCUCAAACAUCGAUGUUAUUUCGGAAACUGAGAGCGAUACUCAGCAGCGGCAGAUUCAUCAAGAAGCCCACAGAGUUUUCCGCUCCAGGCGCCACAUCAGUGAAGACUUAGAAAAUGAGCACCUUGAACCCAGAGACUUGGAUAAUUCUUGGGAGCUGAUUACAGAAGAAGAUCCCAGUGACACUUUAGCCCAGUCUCUGCCUGGUACUUCUUCUGUUUUGACACCACAGCAUCCCCCAACACCGGUUACUCAAGAGUUUUCUGAAGAUUUGAACAUGAGACUGUCCCUCACAACAGAUACGAAUGGUGAAAUGCCAGGACCAAGCACUUCUCUGCAGAGCCAACUAACAAACAGACUCCGCUCAUCCAGCAUGACAGAUGGUGUCAGUGAUCAGGCCCAAGCCCCUCCUCUAAUGGCAUGGAAUGAACAAGUUGGCAACAUUUGGCGACAUCAAUCUUUUUCCAUUCUGCAACAAUUACCUCUUUCAGAGACUGGAUGUUGGAUAGAGAGAGAUGCUCAACUUUUCUCUUCAGAAUUCCCCAAAGAUGUUCAAUUGGGUUCAGAUCAGGUGACAUACUUGGCCAAGGAAUCACUCUCACCCUUUGCGACGCCAUACAGUUUUGAAGCCAUCACUUCCAAAAAAUUGAUCUUGGUCUCAUCUCUCCAGAGUAUAGAGUCCCAGUAGCCUUCAUCUUUGUCAGCAUGGGCCCUGGCAAACUUUAGUUGGGCUUUUUUGUGACUGGGUUUUAGGAGAGGCUUCUUUCGAGGAUGACACCUGUGCAAGCCACUUUCCUCACUUUACAGCGUAUUGUGUCACGGGGAUUAGUCACCCCACUUUGACUUUCUACUUCCUUAGACAUUUGCAGGGAAAUUGCAUGUUGACUUUCUUCAGCCCUUCUCAUCAGAAGAAGCUCCUUAACUUCCAUGGCUGACCUGGACGUUUCUGUGAGAUGAUUGUAGUUCCAGCUUUUUUAAAUUUUUGAACCACUUUUGCAACAGUAUUUUUACUAAUAAGUAAGGUUUUGCAGAUCUUAUUGUAACCUUCACUUUUCUGGUAUAAAGAAAUAAUUGUCUUUUUGUCUUGUGUCAUUUCUUUUCCA